AUGUGGCCCUAUGACUACGACUCGUUCCUGGGCUGUUCUCAAAGAACUCUCGAAGCCUUCGGUUACGAAGAUCUCUACGAGGACGUCGUCUACGAUGUGAGCGACGAGGAACUCGCUGAAGAAAUCGACAUUCCCGAUGUGUCUUCGGAGGUCGGCGAGGAUGUUCUCAACGACUCUUUCGACGUUUCGUACACUCAGGAGCACCUCAUGGAUUCUGUCGUCGAUCAUCUUCUCUGCGAUUCUCCCGUCGCCGCCGCCCUCAAUGCGUACGUUUCUUUUUGCCAUUUUAAUUUUGGAAAAGUCGGACACGACUAGAAAGUUCAAAAUUUGCAGCCUGCUGCUCUACGAUUCGCCGGAAGCCGUGAUUCGGAUGGAAAAACAAGUUGAGAAGUACGCGGAGGAGACGUGCGAUAAAAUGAUUGUGGACGGGGACGAUUUCGACCGUAUGAUGGAGGCGAUCGUGAAAUUCGUGUUGGACGAGUGA